AUGGCCGUCGCCCUCUCUGUCCUCGCUCCACUCCUCGCCGCUGCUCCCGUUGUCGUGCCGGCCGACGACGCGCUCCGGUUGGCCCUGGGCGGCAUCGACUCGUCCAUUGGCGCGCAGCAGGCGUCGAACACGUCGAGCGAGUGUGAUGUGUGUCUGGCGCUGGUCGACACCUUUGCCGCUCGCCUGCUGGACAACGCCACCCGUGAUGACGCCACUCGCGAGCUCGACGCACUCUGCGGCAAGCUCCUAGGCGAGCUCCACAGACUUUGCGACGAUCUGGCUGCCGCCCUCGAUGGCGCGAUCUGGGGAUGGGCCAACGAGGCCUCGUUUGCCACCGUCAUCUGCGCAGAAGUCAAGGUCUGCGAGUAUGCGUGCUGCCAGCCGGGAGGCCUUCCGGAGCAGGUCCAUCUCAGCCUGCAGCCGCUGCACAACGGCAGCGGCGCCAUGGGCAUCCGCGCCACCUGGGCCACCUUGCCGCCCAUCGAUGCCGCUGUCAUUGCCUGGGGUCUCUCGCCAGCCGAUCUCGGCUCCACAGUGUCUGCCACCCGCUACACGCAUAGCUCUGGCGGGUGGAAGGGCUGGUUGUACACCGGCGUCAUGGCCCAUCUCCCGCCCGGGGCUCGGGUGUACUACAAGGUCGGCGCGCCCGGCCGCUUCUCGCCGGUCUUUCACUUUCGGGUGCCGGGCGCGCGCAGCGCGACGGCCCGAGGAAUGGCACUGCUGUUUAUCGGCGACAUGGGCAUCCUGCACUCGGCGCCUACCAUGGCGGCGCUGGCCGACGAGGUGGCCACCGGUGAGUGGGACGCGUUGCUGUUCAACGGCGACAUCAGCUACAUGGACGGCUCGCUGCCGCUGCUCGACGAGUAUCUGCGGCGCAUGGAGCGCGUUUUGGCAUAUCUGCCGGCGGUGUACUCGCCAGGCAACCACGAUUGCCCGUACAAGUUUGAGCCGUACCUCAAAGUCUUUCCCUUUGACGGGCCCGGCGAGCCGCCGCUUUACUACUCGCUCGAUCUUGGUUUCCUGCACAUCACCGUUCUCGCCACCGACUACCCGAACAACGACCCGAUCUGGCCCGACGGCACCUUUGGCUUUGCGCCCGGUACGCCGCAGCACGCAUGGAUUGAGGCCGACCUGGCCUCACCGGCUGCGGCCGCCGCCGCCUGGCGCUUCACCCUCGGCCAUCGGCCGUUCCUCUGCUCGUCGACCUCCAACGGCGACUGGGCCGACUGCUUUGGCCACGCCCCGCUCUACCGCGAGUGGCUUGAGCCCGCCAUGCACGCCGCGGGUGUCGAUCUCGCUCUCCAGUCGCACCAGCACGCUUACGAGCGGUCGUAUCCGUCGCUCGACGGCAAGCUUGUCUCGACCUCGUACGCCUCGCCCAACGCCACCGUGUACAUUGUCAACGGAGCGGCCGGCAACAUCGAGGGCCACGCCCCGACCUUUGUCUCACCGCCACUUCCCUUUUCCGCCGCGCGCAACGGCACCGUCUACGGCUACGCUCGGAUGUGGCUUUCGGCGCCCGACGCGAGCCCGGCCUCGCUCCGCUUCGAGUUUGUCGCCGCCGACUCGCGCGCCGUCAUCGACUCGUUUGUCCUCACCAAGCUGCCGAGUGAAUGA